ACAAAAAACCGGCUCAUGAAGUUCUGACAUCCUUUUCGUAUCGGCGAUUUUAGCUCGUUAUAGAAAUUUGUAUCUACAUUUGUACAACUGAAAAUAUUUCAAAUAAAAAUGAUCACGCUACCAUUAUAAGGCAAUUUAAAGGGAUAUCAACGGCAUAUUUGACAGCUAAAGUGAAGCGUAGGCGAGGGCGUCGCCCGCAACCUGCAGUCGCUCCAGCCAGUUGUUGAGAGAUUGCGUGCACGCGAGUGGGCGACAGCCAGAGAAACCCCGCAGGCAAGCGCGCACGUUUGGUGGGCCGAUAUCUGUGGCGGUGUCGGCGUUUCAGUAAGCUGCCAUGGCCACAGGCGGGCCUCAUGUGCCCGGGAUGGUUGGUGCUCACUGUGUGACGAAGGUGCAGCUGACAAUCUCCUGUGAGAACCUCUUGGACAUGGAUGUCUUCUCCAAAUCGGACCCUCUCUGUGUCUUGUAUAUGAGCACCUCGGGCUCUGACUGGUUGGAGUUUGGCCGCACUGAGAUGAUCCUGAAUUGCCUCAAUCCAAAGUUUGCCAAAAAGUUUGUCAUGGACUAUUAUUUUGAAAUGGUGCAGAAGCUGAAGUUUUGCGUGCAUGACAUUGACAAUGACACCUAUGACCUGGACGAUGAUGAUUUCCUGGGGCAGCUGGAGUGUACCUUGGGUCAGAUUGUGUCCUGCGGGAGGCUGGUUCGACCUCUGCUGCUGAAGAAUGGGAGGCACGCGGGAAACGGGACUAUCACUAUCUUUGCUGAAGAGCUCACGGAGAACAGGGUGGCAAAUUUCGAGAUAUUUGCACGGAAACUGGACAAAAAGUAUUUGUGGUGGUCUGACCCUUUCCUGGAAGUCUACAGACAGACGGAAUAUGGAUGGCAGCUGGCCCACAGGACAGAGGUGGUGAAGAACAACCUCAACCCAAUAUGGAGACCCAUCCGUAUCCCCCUGCAGGGUCUUUGUGGAGGAGACAUGGAGAAGCCCAUCAAGGUGGAGUGUUAUGACUAUCAUGUCAGCGGCUCUCAUGACCUUAUCGGGACCUUUGUGACCACACUAUCCCAGAUGCAAACGGCAACGUACACUGCCCCGGCUGAAUUUGAAUGCAUCAAUAGGAAAAAAAUGCAGAGGAAGAAAGGCUAUAAAAACUCCGGGGUCAUUUUCAUCAGGCAUUGCCAGGUGGUGAAGGAGUAUACCUUCCUUGACUACAUCAUAGGGGGGUGUCAGCUCAACUUCACUGUAGCCAUAGAUUUUACUGGUUCUAAUGGAGACCCCAGGUACCCCCAGUCCCUCCACUACAUCAACCCUGAUGGUUACAAUGAGUACCUGGCAGCAAUCUGGGCAGUGGGUGCGGUCAUCCAGGACUAUGACAGUAACAAGCUGUUUCCUGCUUUUGGCUUUGGAGCCCAGGUCCCUCCCAACUGGCAGGUUUCCCAUGAGUUUCCUAUCAAUUUCAAUCCAGCAAAUCCAUUCUGUGCAGGUAUCGAGGGGGUGGUUAACGCAUACCAGAAGUGUCUCCCCGAAGUGAAGCUUUACGGUCCCACCAACUUUGCCCCUAUGAUCAACCAUGUGGCCUGCUUCGCCAGGCAAGCAGUCCAACAGAACACUGCCUCGCAAUACUUUAUCCUGCUCAUCAUAACGGAUGGCGUGAUUACAGACAUGGACCAGACACGCACUGCAAUCGUGGCGGCGUCCCGGCUGCCCAUGUCAAUCAUCAUAGUCGGUGUAGGCAAGGCGGACUUCAGCGCCAUGGAGUUUCUUGACAGUGAUGACAAGAUUCUUCGUUCACCAAGGGGCGAUGUUGCCUUGCGUGACAUUGUGCAGUUUGUGCCCUUCAGAAAGUUCGAAGCAAACAGCGUGGCUCUCGCCCAGAGUGUAUUGGCAGAGUUACCGGAUCAAGUGGCCUCCUUCUUCAAUCUGUACAAACUGAAGCCCCCCAGCGAAUCCACUUUUUCCAGCCCCUGAACCGGCAGUGUGCUUCUGAAGGCUUCCAGGCCAGAUGUUUUAAGAAAUUGUCGAAUCUACUGGAAACUGGUCUGAAGCUAUUCCUCCUCUUAACGAACCUGUGGAUACCCAAGGACUUGGAUGUGACUCCAGAGCCAAGCUGCAGUCCUGUUAUAAAAACAAAACAAAAGACUCGUGGACUAUGGCAGGUCACCAGCAGCGUGUCUGGAACAGUUUGUUCAGUAUUGCAUGACCGCUCAGCUAAACGCCAGAUUUGUCUAAAAAAAAUAAAAUAAUGAAAAAUAAAUAAAUACAAAAGACAAUCGGACGAAGAAUUUAGUGGUUUGGUAGCUCGAGUGGAAAAUUUAAAUAAGUGGAUGUUUACAGCCAAAUAACAAGGCCACACUGGACUGAAACAAAUGUAUGUUUUGGGGUUUUUUGCUAUCCAAGUAUUCUCCUUGCGAACGCAUUGCUCGUCUAAACGGAGCAAAUGAGCGGGGGGGGGGGGGGACGCUCGUUUUCCUCGCCUGUCAUUGUGCAUUGAGGUGUUGCGUUGCUGUGUGUUAAAUGUCGCCUAAUAAAAAGUUGUU